AUGAAGGUGGCGCCCGCGGUCGCAGAGGUCCUCGGCGUGGUCGAUGAUGCAGCUGGAGGCCACACGGAGGGCUACGGUGAGGUGCUAUCCGUCGCGCACGCGCCACCGGUGGCAGCCCCGGCCGCGCCGCGGCCCGCGGAGAUGGAGCGCGGGCCGGCCGCGGCCGACGAGGUCCAGCCCGGCGCAGGAGGCGCCCGCGGCUCCAUCGAGUUCCUCGGGCGCUGGAACGAGAAAUAUGGGGGUCGCUGGAGCGAUAACGAGCGCGCGAUGCCCGUCAAGAUGGAGGUCGAGGAAUAUAACGUCCGCCUCGCCUUCAGUAAGUUCGUCGACGAGCUCGUGCAGAACGGCGCGCCGAGUGGCACUUUUGUAAUGACCUCCAGCACCUCGGCGUUCUCCAUAUUGCGCCGUGGCGGGCCCUGGCGCUACGUUUCCUGGUCCGCCAGCCCGGAGGACAAGAGCUACCAGCGGCACGGCUUUGUUGGGAUGGCGCCACAAGGGAUCAUCGAUUCGAGGUUGGUGCUCGUGAGGCAGGGCAGCCCAAACGUCCUCCGCUUCGACCACUGGCAAGCCCUGCAGGCCGGGGGCGCGGCGCCCUUGACUUGCCACGCGUCGAACCCCGGGAAUGGUGGAAUUGGGAAGAUGUACCCUGAAGAACGAAGGUUUUGGGGCGGGCGUUACACCGAGUCAAAAUGUGUGGCGGCGCGAGACGCGUGCUCCGUUCAACUGGUCCAGGGCAAGUUCCUCAAGCGCGUCGACGCGGACCUGGUUCUCGAAGCCGGGAACCGAGAGGGGACCGGGGUCAGUUGGGUCGGCGGCGAGAGCGACGAAGAAACGUACACGGCGGGUACAUGGGGCUACGGUCGCGAAUGGGAGGUCAACGAGGACGGGUCGAUCUCCCUCGUCAUAGACCCAGACUUGGUCGUCAAUGUUCACCGAGACUUGGUCCUGGGCGUGGACUCCGGCGUGGAGUCUGACCAGCACAAAAAUAUCCGCUUCGCCGACUUCGAGGGCGUCGUCGACGAUUUUGGAGCUUCGCUCCAAAUGGCGGCCUACCGCGUCACGCUACCGCGCGGAGGCUUCCGAGAAUGGGCCGGUCGCGCGCCGCCGCUCGCGCCGGAGGACCUUCACACCGGCCCGCGGAGUGACGGGCUGCUGAGCACGGACGAGAUCAGCGGCAGGUAUUCGGCCGCGUGCUCCUGUACUCCAGCUCCGACGAUUUGCCCCUCGAUGACCGUGGUGCCGCUCGGGGCCGACGCGAUCGAGACGUUUAGAUCAGGCUGCACCACGGUCAUUCCUAUUCUUGUGACGUGCCCGCUCGUGGAAGGCGGGGUUCAGAUUCGCGUCCCGGGCACUAAUAAGUUUCGCCACUGGCCGGAGGGGCGCUUCGCAGGAGACGAGGAAGGAGUGACGUUCUCGGCCAACGGAAUGGCCAAACAAGGAUGUUGUUGCUUCAAGAAACGCCCACACUCGCAGAAACGGACCUUCCAAAAGGUCGAUGCCGGGGACCUCGCGGGGACCUGGUGCGGCUGCUUUCCGAUUGUGCCGUUGGGGCUGCUUGCGCCCAUUUUAUGCACUACGAAGAAGGCGCUUAACCAGGAUCAGUACGAAGUGUCGGGUUGCUGUUGUCUUCUGGGUUUGCCGCUUCCCUAUUUGUGUGGCGGAACGCACACGCGGGAAUACGUGAACGGCCACCCGACGAACGUGUUCACUCUGGACGACGAUGGGUCAGGUCAAGCUCAUAACCCACAAGAAGAUAGGUGGUAUCGCGAUUCCAGCUACGCUUAUGGCACAGCAUUUGCUCACCCCCAUUUUCCCUACUGCUCCACGAAGUGCUGCUAG